UGCCGGACGUUUGCAUCCGAGCGAGGAGCCCCGCACGCCUCGCCUCCCCUCAGCGGCAGGAGCAGGGCGGAAAGGCGAGCGCCAGGGCGGCGAUGGCUCAGGAGGAGGCGGCGGCGGCGGCGGCCGGCGGCGGCGGCGAGAGCGCGGAGGCGAGCAGCCCGGGGCUGCUGCUGGAGAUCGUGAGCUCGCCGCUCAACCUGAGCCUGCUGGGCCUCUGCCUCUUCCUCAUCUACCAGAUCGUGCGGGGAGACCGGCCCCGCGCCGCGCCCGACGGCGAGGAGGAGCCCCCGCCGCUGCCCAAGCUCAAGCGCCGCGACUUCACGCUGGCCGAGCUGCGCGCCUUCGACGGCCGCCAGAACCCGCGCAUCCUCAUGGCCAUCAGCGGGAAGGUCUUCGACGUGAGCCGCGGCAGAAAGUUCUACGGGCCCGAUGGUCCUUAUGGGAUUUUUGCUGGAAGGGAUGCAUCCAGAGGCCUGGCUACCUUCUGUCUUGAUAAAGAAGCUCUGAAGGACGAAUAUGACGAUCUUUCUGAUCUUGACGCCACACAGAGAGAGACCUUGCAUGACUGGGAACAGCAGUUCACAUUUAAAUACCACUAUGUUGGCAAACUGCUGAAGGAUGGAGAAGAGCCAACUGUAUAUUCAGAUGAAGAAGAAUCAAAAGAUGCUAAAGAUCGCAAGAAUGAUUAGCAAACAAAGCAAAAGCCAUCUGGAGAUUCCUGGGGAAGUUGUUUUAUUUUUAAAGGACUUUUUGUCACAUUCUAGUUCUGUUUUAGUGGUUUGAACAUCAGCCCUGUCUUUAGAAAUAGUACAACUUGCUAUAAUUAAACUUUUUAAAAUCUAUACUCCUAAGUAACCUUGCCAGCCAGUGCUGAGUCUCUUAAAUCAAAGCUGUGUUAUCCAGGUGGUGUUGCUGCAGCAGAGCCCUAAUUUUAUAAUAAAUAAAUGGUACAGUCUGCAACACCUUGACUUUGUACAAUUUCCAUUUAUUGAAUGGUGCUUCACAAAGGCCGCCAUGGAAAUCUUACUGAAUGGGCAUUGCACAGCAGUGGCACUUGAGGAAUGAUGCCCAGUAAGCCGAAGCAUGAACUAAGGUGGAGUUUCUCUUUAUCGAAUUGAUGGUGAACAAAAAACUUCCUUGCUACUUCCUGGCCCACAAUAACCAUCCCUUUACAACAGUAACUAAACAAGCUAAAGGGUUUAACUCAGUUUACCAGUCACUGUUUCAUCAUUACCCCAUACUUACAUACCACUCAGAUGAACUGGCUUGCAGUUGUUGUCUUUUGGACUUUGUAUAACUUAUGCAGAAUCUAGAUGACUGUAAAUAUUUGGGAGUAGAAACCUAUUUGGUUUAUUAAUAAUGAAUACACAACUAUGGAGUUUGCUUAUUUUUAAAGCUCCUUUUAUAUAGACAUUUGCAGCCAUGUCUAGAACAGACUUGAUUGGUUUCAGAAUCCCUUGCUGUUUCAGAUCCGUACAAAGAAGCUUGCUUCGUUUACUAUUAACAUAUAACUUCAGUAUUAAUUUAUCUGAUGUGUGUGAGAGAUGAAACAGCUGAAGCAUCUUAUCAAUGUGUCCUUGGAAGUCCCACUAGGUUCAGUGGACUUAAAAUAUGCAUAGAUUUGCAGCCAACUUGCAAAUUUCAACCCUCUUCAAAAUGGUCUCUCCUAGGUUUUCCCCAUCCAUUGCCCUUCAGAUGUAUUAAACUACAACUCCUAUCAGCUGUAACUAAUCUGCUCAUGCUGGCUGCAGACAAUGGGAGUAACAGUCCUCACACAUCUGGGGGAUACAAAGUUAAGUAAUACUGGUCUCUCCUAUUCAUAAGGCAUUUGCUCAAACUGGAGGCGUCAUUUCAGAGUAGAAUGGAAUCAAAGGUUCUUGGUCGCUUUUUCUUGGCAGCAUCCGGAAGCACAAAGGAGAACCUCAAGGUGGCAGAUAUGGCAAGAAUAAUCCUUGUCUUGGCUAGAUGAAACAAAGGGUAAAGCCUUUAUACCAAGUUGCAUUAGAAUUGUCUGGCUCAAGCAGGAUAACGCACCAAGGGACCAGCAGAAAUCCGCCAAUGUUGUGGGUCAGUCAAGGAAUAAAUUCCAGACUGCAGCAAGGGUCAGAUUAGAUUUGAGAAAAUAAUGUAUGGGAAUCUAGUUGGGUAGUAGAACAAGUUAUCAGGCAAGCUGUGGAUCUGCUGUGCUGGAACCUGGAUAACUUGUGUAUAGUUUAGUGCAUGGGGCCUAAACUGUGUUCUUGGGAACCGUACAAUUCACCAGAUGAUCACCAGUAUUCCUUGGUUACAAGAAAUGGUAACAAGAGCUUCACUGCAAAAAAACUGCAUUCACCAUUAUUGUUUACAGUGAACUGCAGCACAGUCAGUUGGCUCUGAGAGAACAAAGGCGAGGGCCAUAUACCAGAAAAACCCAGGGCUGACAGCUGAACUGCGCACCCUCCAAAACCUUUUCAAAAUGGGCAUCCUCAGCAGCCAAACUAACUUGAUAGAAAAGCAUCCCUCAAGGGGUUGUAGCUUGAAAGUUUGGCCAAUGGUAGCAGUGGAACUAGUUGGAUUAAGUUUGUUCUGCCAGCACGGCUGUGUAUCUUCCCGUGUCAUCUCCCUGCCCCACAUUUACAUUCUUUGCACAAAGUGGGAUCUGUUGUGUCCUUGAAACUCUUUAUUUAAACAUGAAGCACAGAAUUCAGAAACUAUCAGCUCACAGCACCAUCCCUCCUUAAAUGUGCGAUUUUGUUGUACAGAUUUUUUUCCUAAUAAUGCGAAGCCUUCAAAACAGAUCAUUGGCCUACAUGGGUCUUUCAUGGUAGUUUUUCCCAUCUUUUUUUAAAGCCAUUCAUCUUUGUAAAAUUGACUUUGGGUGAUGUUGUUUCAAAUUAAGAACAAGAAGCUUGUGUUUUGUUUAGUUUCUAAUGGAAAAAGAUAAUAAAAUCUUCCUAGAAAUGUGGCACCUCUUUGCUUGACCUAAAAUGAAAUGCGGUAUUUUAGUAUCCCUCCAUCAGUGUAAAAGAGAAGCAAUCAUGGAAUCUCUCAGUGUGCUUCUUCCAAUCCUCCUACUGCCAGUGAAAUAAAUAUUUAUGAUUAAA